CUCAUGUGAAUGGUGGUUGUCAUCCUGUGACCGCACCAUUAAGGGGAGUGUGCACCAAGUUUGGGGCCUUUGUCAGGCGUGGAGUGGCUUGGAGCAGGGAGGUAUGAAGCCAGUACAAGGGAGCCCUGUUUCUGUCACUAUGCAGGAAGCUUUUGGCUGUGCGGUGGCAAACCGCUUUUUCCAGCUUUUGGAUGAUGAGUCUGAUCCCUUAGAUUUUCUACACCAGACAUCUUCUGAACUUGGUCAUAAGAAGAAAAAAGAGGAAACGCCAGUUAAAAAAGCUGGCACCCAAAAGAGCAACAAAAAAGAAUCCCAAAAAGACAGAAAGGCAAACGCUAACACAGAGUCCCCAGACCUGAAACCAACUCCAAAACAGCCUGUGCCAAAAGUGACGCAGAAUGAGAAAAGAGGGACGGAAGUAGAAAGAUCAGAACGCCGGACCGCUUUCAGAGAGUUCCGUCCAAAUGUCAUAGAAAAGCCCUUGGAGUACAGCAUUGAAAACUUUGAGAAGGAGAAACAGGUGAGAAGCUGGGUUUCAAACCAGAGAGGAGGAACACGUGGUAGAGGAAGAGGAGGCUUUUCACGAAGUGUGGAAAAUGAAAAUCAGAGAGGGAAGAGAGACUUUGAUAGGCACAGCGGCAGUGACAAAACUAGAAUAAAAGCGGAAGACAAGAGGGGUGGUGGUGGACCUCACAACUGGGGCUCAUUUAAAGAUGCUUUCAGUGAAGCAGAGCCAGCACCUAUGGAAAAUUCAGAAGCCAUGGAGCCAGUUGACACAACAGGGGAAGAGCAAGAGGUCAAAAUGCCAGAUGAGAAUAUUGAAGACAGCGCUAAAGAGAUGUCACUGGAUGAAUGGAAGUGUAUGCAGGACCAAAGCAGACCAAAGAUUGAAUUCAACCUCCGUAAACCAGAUUCUUCAGUGCUUUCCAAAGCUGUUGUUAUCCAUAAGUCAAAAUUUACAGACUAUUCUAAGGAGAAUGAAGAGGACUACAAUUCUGGCAUCCGCAAACCUGUCAAUGAUAUCACGUCUCAGCUGGAUAUUAACUUUGGGAGCCUUCCUCGUCCAGGACGUGGGGGAAGAGGUGGAGGACGUGGACGUGUUAGAAGAGAAGAGGCAUUUCCACAUGAAGUCUGUCAUGCGCAUGAAUUUGUCUUCAAUGCGGAUGAAGAUUUUCCAGCUCUGAUGUAAUCAGACAAGUUUUUGGCUUAUUCUGCAUCUUUAUAACUGCAUUACACCAAAGCCAAAUAAAAAAGUUUGUGGGGAUUCUAUAAAGGGAUUUUUUUUUUUUGCCAGUGGUGAAAGUGCUGCACUUUCAUGUUGGAAAGAUGGGGAAGAGAUGCAUACAGUAAAUCUUGACUGUAGUUCUAAUCUGAUUUAGGGGAAAUGGAUCGAAACUGGUGUAAAGGAAAACUGGCUUAGUUGCCCACAGCAACCAAUCCGAUUCCACCUUUCAUUUUUCUGUGCUGCUUUGGAAAAUGAGGUGGAAUCUGAUUGGUUGCUAUGGGCAAAUAAACCAGUUUUCUUAACACCAGUUUUGAUCUCCUCUUUAGUGUUUCAGAUGUUCUACUUCAAACUAUUAAAGUGUGUACUUGUGAAAAAAACUGAUUCUGUGUAAACAAUGAUUCAACAUGAAGAGUGGAUAUAAGAGCUGCUUUCCUUCCUUCAGUGUAAACUAUAACUUUUUACACCAUUGAACUGCAGUUUUGAAGAGACUGGAAUUAAAGUUGCUGAUUUGUGCAAA